AUGCCUGUGGUCAACGUCGACGACCUCGUCCGCCUCCAGCGGAAGCCCGAGGAUAUUCGCAAUAUCUGCAUCCUCGCCCACGUCGAUCAUGGUAAGACCUCAUUGUCCGAUAGCCUGAUCGCGACCAAUGGCAUCAUCUCGCCUAAGCUAGCGGGCAAGAUCCGCUACCUGGACUCUCGUCAAGACGAGCAGCUCCGAGGUAUCACGAUGGAGUCUUCAGCUAUCUCCCUAUUCUUCUCGAUGCUCCGCCGUCCCAGUCCGGAUGCGGCGCCUGUCCCGAAGGAGUACCUGAUCAAUCUGAUUGACUCGCCGGGACAUAUAGACUUCAGCAGUGAAGUCUCUACAGCGUCCCGUUUGUGUGAUGGUGCCGUCGUCCUCGUUGAUGCUGUUGAAGGUGUUUGUAGUCAGACGGUGACCGUUCUGCGCCAAACCUGGGUUGAGCAACUGAAGCCGAUCCUCGUCAUCAACAAAAUGGAUCGGCUCGUGACAGAGCUUAUGAUGAGCCCUAGCGAAGCUUAUUCGCAUCUCAGUAGACUCUUGGAGCAAGUCAAUGCAGUGAUUGGCAGUUUUUACCAGGGAGAGCGCAUGGAGGAAGACUUGCAGUGGCGCGAGCGUAUGGAAGACCGGGCCAACGCCGCUGCUGCCCGGGACAAGGAUAAGGCCAAGAAGCAGUCUUUAGAUGAUGAGUCCACUCAGAGUGUCAGUGAAAUCGCUGACUUUGAAGAACGGGAUGACGAGGAUCUCUACUUUGCCCCUGAAAAAAACAACGUCAUCUUCUGCAGUGCAGUUGAUGGCUGGGCUUUCACUAUCCGUCAAUUUGCCGCCAUCUACGAAAAGAAACUCGGUAUCAAGCGGGCUGUUCUAGAGAAGGUCCUCUGGGGUGAUUUCUACUUGGACCCCAAGACAAAGAGAGUGCUUGGCCAGAAGCAUUUGAAGGGUAGGGCAUUGAAACCUAUGUUCGUACAGCUGGUUUUGGAUAGCAUCUGGGCUGCAUAUGAAGCGACUACAGGCGGAGGGAAAGGCAAAGGCGAUCCGGUUUUGUUGGAGAAGAUCACCAAGUCCCUGAACAUCACCAUCCCGCCAUACAUUCUGCGCUCGCGUGACCCGAAGAACAUCAUGACUACCCUUUUUUCCCAGUGGCUACCUCUAUCAACUGCAGUACUUGUUUCUGUCAUUGAAUACCUGCCCAGUCCCCCGGUGGCACAAGCUGCCCGACUUCCAGACAUGAUCGAGUCAUCUCCUGGCUCGGAUCACAUCUCCGAAGAGAUCAAGCAAGCCAUGAUCGACUUCAAGACAGGCCCCGAGCAACCAGUGGUUGCGUACGUUAGUAAGAUGGCUGCAAUUCCGGAGAGUGAAUUGACGUCGAGCAAGAAACGCAGCGGUGGUACUAUGACCGCAGACGAGGCUCGAGAAAUCGCUCGCCGCAAGAGAGAAGAGAUUGCAAAGAUGCAAGCCGAGGCUGGCGCCGGCCAAGGCGAUGACUUUGCCCAAAUGACCUCGUCAUUCGCGAACACAUCCUUGAUUACAGAGGUAGAGGAGCCGGAAGAAGUGGGCGAAAAGGAAGACAAAGAGCAUCUGAUUGGAUUCGCCCGGCUUUAUUCGGGAACUAUCUCGGUUGGAGACUCAAUUUAUGUGCUGCCGCCCAAGUUCUCACCAGAAAAUCCACAUGCCAGCCCAGAACCAAAGAAGGUCACUGUCACAGACUUGUAUCUUCUUAUGGGCCGGAGUCUUGAGCCACUGCAGUCUGUCCCGGCUGGUGUGGUCUUCGGAAUUGGAGGUCUUGCAGGCUAUGUCCUCAAGACAGGUACGCUUUGUAGCCAACUUGAAGGCAGUAUCAACCUGGCUGGUGUCUCGUUGAACACCCCUCCCAUUGUCCGCGUUGCCCUUGAGCCAGCAAACCCCGCGGACCUCAACAAGAUGAUCACCGGCCUGCGUCUACUUGAGCAGAGUGAUCCCUGCGCCCUAUAUGAGGUGCUCCCAAGCGGCGAACACGUUAUUUUGACGGCGGGUGAAUUGCAUCUAGAGCGAUGCAUUAAAGAUCUCCGCGAGCGCUUCGCUCGGUGCGAAAUUCAAACCGGCGAGGCUAUUGUCCCGUACCGGGAAGCCAUUGUCGACGCAGCUGAGAUGGCUCCUCCCAAGAAUCCGGAGCUUGGUCGGGGAGGUGUUGUAGCUGUUUCCUCGUCUAAGCAGAUGACUGUGCGCCUUCGCGUUGUACCUCUGCCAGAGGCUGUGACCGAGUUCCUUACCAAGCAAGUUGGAACCCUCAAGCGGGUUCAGCAGGAGAAGCGCAAUUCCACAGAGGCCGAAGCAGCCGUGGAGGGUACUGUUGAAAUAGUUCAGCAAGUGGACUCUGCUGAUGUCGAUGCUACUGGCGAAGCCCGCGAGGGUAAUAUCCUGUCCUUGAAGGAAUUCCGCGAGGAGCUGGACAAAGUGUUUAAAGAAGAAGUCAAAGAAGACCAAGAGCUAUGGAGGAGCGUCGUCGACCGAAUCACUGCAUUUGGACCCCGACGAGUAGGACCUAACAUACUAGUCGACGCUACCACGGUCAACUCUUGUGAUAAAUUCUUGCUGGGCGACAAACAAACCACCAUUUCCCCCGACGACCAAAAGGCGCUGCUGAUUCGCGACUUCUGUGACAAGAUUGCAUACGCUUUCCAGCUUGCGACUGGCCAAGGACCUCUCUGCCAGGAGCCCAUGCAAGGCGUUGCUGUCUUCUUAGAAGACCUUUCCGUCGAUGUCAGCGCUGGCGACGACCUGGACAAGGGCCGUCUGACAGGCGACUCGAUCAAGCUUGUCCGCGAAGGUAUCACCCAGGGCUUCCUCGACUGGAGCCCCCGCAUUAUGCUCGCAAUGUACAGUUGCGAGAUCCAAGCAACGACCGAAGUCCUGGGCCGUGUCUACGGUGUGAUCACCCGCCGCCGUGGCCGGAUUCUGUCCGAGAUCAUGAAAGAAGGCACGCCCUUCUUCACAAUCCUCGCGCUCCUUCCCGUCGCCGAGUCGUUUGGGUUCGCUGAGGAAAUUCGCAAGCGCACGUCUGGCGCGGCCCAGCCGCAGCUUAUUUUCGCAGGCUUCGAGGCUCUUGACGAAGACCCCUUCUGGGUGCCCGCGACCGAGGAGGAACUGGAGGACUUGGGUGAGUUGGCGGACCGUGAGAACGUGGCGAAGCGGUAUAUGGACGCGGUCCGCAUGCGAAAGGGAUUGGUUGUACAGGGGCGGAAGUUGAUUGAUGCGGAGAAGCAGAAGACGUUGAAAAAAUAA